CUCGUUGCUACUAGCAACUGAACGCUGUCCCGGAUUGUAAAGCAGGAGCCGAGCCGUUACGGGGGAUAUCGACAUGUCGGACGCAGCAAAAGACAAAGCGGCGCGACUGCUGAAGAAGAGAGGCAGCGUCUCGUCUCUAAGCAGCCAUGAGGUGAAGCCGAGAGAGAGCUUCAGCAAAACCAAGGACUCUAUGAGCACAGUUUCCUACAUAGAUGAGCCCGGCCACCAUGACGACAUCCCCCGUCCGGUCAUCCAGAUGGAAAACACGUAUCAGAUGGGUCCCGUAAAGCGUUUUCCCGUCUCCACAAUAAAUAACAUUUUGAAGGACGUUCUUACGAGUUACCUUCAGGAGGAGAAAUAUGAAGCCGAGCUGUGCAGGCAGAUGACGAAGACCAUUUCAGAGGUAAUUAAGGCCAGAGUGAAGGACCUGAUGAUCCCUCGUUACAAGAUCAUCGUUCUUAUUUACAUCGGCCAGCUAAACGACGAAUGCAUGCGGAUCGGGAGCCGAUGCGUCUGGGACCCGGCAAACGACACGUUCUCGUCCUACUCGUUCAAGAAUAGCUCCCUGUACGCACUCGCCAACGUCUACGGCGUGUACUACGAAUAGCCGUGCGCCGGUUAACUCUUAAAGGGACGCUAUCACAUAAACGUGACACUCUCAGGUUUUACCACCAGAAUCCUGCAGAAGAAUCUCAAUGGUUGCUAUGGCGAUCAGGCCUCUUUUUAAACUUUGCAUCGGAAUCGCCGUAUCCAAGGCCGUUUUAAAUUUCAUCCAAGGCCAACACGUGCUUCCCGACAAGCGGGAUUUCAUUCACAUUACGUGAUAGUUUCUCUUUAAGCGGACGUGCGGUUUCUGCCGCUCUUAAAGCUGCAGCGCAAAAAUAUAAAUAAAUAAAAACGAGAGAUACUAAAAAAAGAAA